CUUUUGUAAGUCGUGUACAGUCUUGUUUUCUGUACGAGAAAAAAUAACUUACUUUUCUUUCGCAACUGGCCAAACGCUUUAAAUUUACCAGUUGUGGGCCGAGAAUCAAGCGUGCUCUAUUUUCAUCAGCGUAGUAUUACUUAGCUCGCCUCUCGCGCAGCGUUCGACGUCUGGUGCAGAAAAAAUGAUGUCAGGUUAGAAAGUGGCUGUCGUUCCUUUCUUCGAGACAGAGAAAUGCCGACGUUUCUCGAUAUUUGGUGAUCUCCAAGUUACGAACCCAGCCUGGAGCCAAGUAUGCCGGCAGUACUGUUGGAUCGGUUGCCCCUGCCAAGCUUGCAGGCGUACACGGUCAUCAGCGUCUUGCUGCUAUCAGGAUCUGUUUAUUAUGCUGUUCAAGUCACCUCACAGCUGGAAUGGAAGAUCAACGCGACGUUCAACUUCGACUUCUCUACGGAUAUUGAUACCACCAUGACUGUGGGGAACCUUACUUUUGUGAGCAACCAUCAGCUUACGCUUGAACAGUUUCUGUUAGAGCAUCACUGCAUACGACGGCUGCUGGAGAUCGUUUACUUCAUGUUUCAAGAACCACUCUGCGUAUGGACUCUGAUCAACAUGGCCUAUUGCUGCCUGAUCCUGAUUGGCAAAGUCAUACAGAAGCUUGUAUUUGGUGAGCUUCGUGUCUCCGAGCAACAGCACAUGAAGGACAAAUUCUGGAACUUCGUCUUCUACAAAUUUAUCUUCAUUUUUGGCGUGAUGAACGUUCAGUACAUGGAUGAAGUGGUUCUCUGGUGCAGCUGGUUUUCUGUCCUGGGUUUCCUCCACCUGCUGGCCCAACUCUGCAAGGAUCGAUUUGAAUAUCUGUCAUUUUCACCAACCACACCAAAAAUGACACACAUACGCCUGCUUGCACUACUGUGUGGGAUCCUACUCAUUUCGCUGGGCCUCUUUGCCGUCUGUGUAGUGGUUGGCUUGCAUGCAGGUCCCAACACAUUUGCCUUCAUGGCUGCUGAGUGUUCUCUCGUCACAGUACGUACAUUGUAUGUGAUAGUGAGGUAUGGGAUCCACCUAUGGGAUAUCCACUGUGACAAAGUCUGGGAAAAUCGUGCUGCAUAUGUGUAUUAUGCCGAGCUCUGCUUUGAGUUGACAGCUCUUGCCAUCGACUUCUGUCAUGAUCUGCACAUGCUGCUCUGGGGAAACAUUUUCCUUUCAAUGGCCAGCUUGGUGAUCCUGAUGCAGCUGCGGUACCUGUUCUAUGAAAUCCAAAGACGUGUCAAAAAACACAAGAACUACUUGAGGGUUGUGAAGCAUAUGGAAGCCAACUAUCCGAUGGCUACAGCAGAUGAACUGGAAAAAAAUAGUGAUGAUUGUGCAAUCUGCUGGGACCACAUGGAGGCUGCAAGAAAACUUCCUUGUGGCCAUCUGUUCCAUAACUCCUGUCUGCGAUCAUGGCUAGAGCAGGACACGUCGUGCCCAACUUGCCGAAUGUCCCUGUCUGAGCCAGGAGGAGCCUUGGCUGGAGAGAGCCUACGAGAUGAGGGCCGCAACACUGCACUGCUGUUAGGAGCCCUCGGAGGCCAAGAGGAUGCCCCACGGCAUCAACAAAAUGCUACCACAAACCACUUUUUCCACUUUGAUGGUUCACGCUACGUGAGCUGGCUCCCCAGCUUUUCUGUAGAAGUAACACACACCAACCUCCUUGGCGGACAGCCACCACCUCCAGUACAGACCUCACAGCUUGACAACAUGGCUCGCCAGGUACAGCAGAUGUUCCCAGGCAUGCCAUUAAACACCAUUGUUGAAGACCUGCGGAGCACUCGAUCUGUGGAACUGACAAUUGAAAACAUUCUAGAUGAACGCCUUGUUGCACCUCCUACAUCCAUGUAUCAAACUGCUGUGCCAAGAAACAGUCGAGGCACAGUUUACCACACUGGCUUUCAGAAUCAUGGGCUGGACACUCAUAAAGAAGCACUUGCAGAUGAGAGAUUUCCAAGAAAUGCUUCUGCAAGUGCUCUGGAUUCCGGUUCCUCAAUGUUUCUUGAAGAUCCAGAACCAUACACCCAGGCUGAGGAAGCAUCCACAUCAGGGGACAACAGCAUGGGACCACAAGUGGGUGGCCGCUUCUCCAAAUCACCUAGUGAGAGAGAACGCAUGCUGUCGCGGAGGAAAGAGGAGCUUCUCAAAAUGGCCCGCAAGAAAUUCCUGGAUCGAUCAAAAGCAGGACCUUCACUCCAAAACCUGCGGCUGGCGUCAGACCUGUCGAGCAUGCCUCUCAGCCAGGCACACCGACGAUCACGCCUGCCUCACUUAGGAUCCUGAGGGAGGGAGACCUGCCCCUCUGUGGGUUGUGAGCUGCCCUUGUGGACAUCACACCCAUUUUGUACAGUUGGUCAACUAUAGUGAGACUGGUGUUCUCAUGGUCACUGUUGAAUCACGUGGACAUCAUUGCAAACAGCAGAGAGCAGUAGCCUUCUUGAAAGUCUUAGUAAGAUGCUGCAGUGAGCUUCCUCCCCCUUUUUUUUCCUUUUUUUUUUACGUGUAAGCGCGUGCAUGUGUGUGUGUGUUUGUGUGUGUGAAAAUGUGCAUUUGAUCUUCUGGCGACACCCUCCUGCAUACCGGCCAUUGGUGCACACCGAAGCAUCUUCCGACUGUGGGUGCUGCAAGUGUGCUCACCUAAUCCAAUGCCUACAGACUCUCGUGUGUUUCCGGCAUGGUACUUGGCAACCAGGAACAGUUAAAAGACGGCCAAGCCAGGACAAGUGGACAUGUCCAGUUGUGUGCUGUGCUUUGCGGGGCUUGGUAGCCGCAUUUGUGUUCAUUUUUGAGUGGGAUAUGCUCUUCUCAGCAAGUUAGCCUCCAGAAUGGACACUAGCCUUGCGAGUGUCAAGAGCUUUCUUUAUGCACUCUGCUGAUUGUGCACGUCUGCACGCACAAGGAGGGCUUAUUCUUUUUCUCUUCAUUUUCUGUGAAAAAAUUAUUAGCCAGCUACUUUCAUGAGGAGUUGCCUUCUGGUUUCUGGCAAUGCACCACUGAUGCCCGCACACGCAACAGGAAGUCUUAGGAGGCCGUACUUGGCAACCUUUGUCCACAGUCUCCAGGGUCAUCCCAUGCUAAAAAUUUGUCUAAAUUAAGGCUCAUGCUAGUAACUUGCUGUUUGUAAUACAUAGGAUUUCUUUGCUGAAGUUCUUGUAUUAAAGUGCAUUAUUUCAGCACAUUUGCGUGGUUUUUUGAAGCCUCGGUAACCUUUUCAGGUUUGUCUUUUUAUUUUAGAAUGAAAUGAUUUGUUUAGCAGCUUUUUCCAUUAAAAUCAUGGCAUUUUGUCAGUCUUUCACACAUACCUUCACCCAUUUAUUUUCCCCCACUUUAGUGCCACAUUUGCCUUCAUGGCUAUUGUGUAAAACGAUAGUUUUUUUGCACAAUAGUGCAUUUGCCUAACAACAAUAAUGUGUUUACCUUAUGUGCACUGUUGAACAAACACCAAGAACAAAAAAAGCAUAUUGAUAGAUUUUGUUCUGACUCGGAUUCAUAAGCACCAUGUUAUGUGCACAGGAAAAGCUAGAAAUAUUUUUAUUUUCACAGCUUCUUAUGAGGCAUUUGACAAGCUAGUUUUCAGUCAUGCUAUAUUAAAACUUGACAUUGUGCUGGAAAAAGUGUUGUGUGUACUUAAUACAUUGAGUAUUGUAAUUUGUAGACAGGGUAGAGCUAAGUGCAUAUACUGUUAAACGAGUUGUACAGUCUACUAGUAGACUGUCUAAAAAUAUAUAACAUUGGCACUAAGGGUUGUGCUGAAGUUUAAGUGCAGCAUUGUCAAGCAAUCUGCUCUGUUAACAACAAUUUGUUUAGGUUUAGUUUUUGUUAAAUGAGGAAUUUCUUGUGUUUAUUUUGACAAAGAUGGUGCAUCCUAUUUCCAGUCAUCUCUUUUCAGCCAGCUUGUCAUGUCUGCUCUAAAAAUCUUAUAAGCCUAACUGCUAAUGAACUAUGCUACUUACUUGCAGCACUAUGUCCACUGUAUACAUGUAUACAUCUAGUGAUUGACUAUCAUACUUCUCAGCUGAACAGAAGUUACUCUUUGAUUUCAAGGCUGCAGAGGGUGUGCAAGGGUUGUUAGUGUGUGUACCAGCCAAAGAAAUGUGCUUGCAGUUAAACUAUGGCAUGUCAAAUGGUAGAGUACUUUGCUGCUGGCAUAUUCAGAGCUCCUGUGAAUCAACUUCUUUUUCUUCACGUAAGUUUUACGUGUAUUUAUGUUACUGUCUGUACAGUGUUUUUACCAACAACUUAAGUUAAAGGGCAAACACCUUGCUUUCAUUGUAGCUUUUUGUAAAUCUUCUUUGAAAAGUGAAUAAAGUUGUUGCUCAAAGUAAA